CUUGAUGCUGAAGGGAUGUCCACUGGUUUCGUGGCUCAAUGAAGUGAUGAGCUAACCUUUAUUGGUUUAAAUCGUAAAGAUUAGGGCCUGUAAAAUGUCCAGAUUAUUAACCGCGUUUACAGCCGCAGUACUAUUCUCUAUGCAGGCUUUUGGGAAAACUGUAACGGGACUUUUUCAGACCGAAGUAGCGAGACGGCAUCAAGGCCAAUUCAUCACAAAAUUCAUGUAUCAAGGUGCUGAUGGUUUGUUGGUCUGUCAAGUGGACAACCCUUCACUAGCUGCAGAAAAGGAAUCCCGACUGCUGCUGUAUCCAAAUGUGGACGAGGAUUGGGACAACCUCAGCUGUUCUGAAAGGCUCAGCAGAGCCCAUUUCAUCAUUUCUCUCAGUCAAGAAGAACACAACCAGACGAUUCCUAAACAUUCGUCCCCUACAGUGUGGAACGCCCUCUAUGCAGAUCGAUACACAUGCCAGGAGGAUACAGUCAUCCCUUCUCAUGAUGACCUCAGGUUUACUGUCCUGCUCCUCAAUGCUGAUUCUGCAGGAAACCCCCUGGAGCAUUUUAGUGCCGAGAUGGCAGGUCUCCACACGUUUUACUUCCUCCUGCUCGUGGCGUACUUUGUAGCUUCCUGUAUCUACAUUAAGCCACUCUAUCAGGCUCUGAGGAAGGGUGGUCCCAUGCACACGGUCCUGAAGGUGCUGACCACAAGUCUGGCCUUGCAGGGAUGCUCUGCCCUUUGCAACUACAUUCACAUGGCCAGGUACUCAAGAGACGGCAUUGGCAUUCCACUGAUGGGCAGCCUGGCUGAGUUCUGGGCUAUGGCAGCUCAGGUGUCAAUACUGUACACGUUACUUAGCCUGUGCGCGAGCUGGAGCCUGAGCCGAGGCCGUAAACCUCAGUCCCGACCUCUGCAGUGGGAACAGUCUCCGCCGUCCACGGCCGUCGCCGUCUGCGGAGUCGUCGUGCAGGGUGUGCUCCUGGUGUGGGAGCACUACUCUGCGUCCGAGCGCCAACAUCACAGCCAGCAGAACCUGGCGGGCAUUCUCCUCAUCGCCCUGAGGGUGACAAUGGCCCUUCUGCUGGCCUCCGUUCUCUACCAGAUCAUCUCCACCGAGAGGAGCACCCUGAAAAGAGAUUUCUACCUCUGCUUUGCCAAGGGAUGCUUCCUGUGGUUCCUUUGCCAUCCUGUCCUCGUCCUCACGUCUGUCAUCUUCAAUGAGCACCAGAGGGAGAAGGUGGUCACCAUUGGUGUGAUUCUGUGUCAGUCCAUUUCCAUGGUGAUCCUCUACCAGCUUUUUCUGUCUCGUUCCCUCUACUGGGAAGUAUCCUCACUCUCCUCCGUGUCACUACCACUCACAAUGUCCAGAAACAACCAGAGGGGACACUAUUGAGUGCCCGUAUCCCGGACAGAGCCGACGGGAGGCGUCGUGCUGCAGGGCCGCUUUUGAUCUUGGUUGUUUUCUGCAAAGCGAUGGAACAGAUUGUUUCGCAUCGUUUUUCUUCCAGGGAAUCAAAAGCGGCACCGCAAGAGAGGGGCCGCCAGGGAGGACAAGAACAGAAAACAGCAGGGGCUUGUUGUCGAUGUCGAGUUUUAUUUGGCUUUUUUUUUUAACAUAUAUAGAACAUACAUUAUACAAUGCGGGGACUCUUAGUGGAAUUUAUUUCAAGUGGGAAUCGACCUGAGCGUGAUGUGGGAUGAAGGUUUAAAGGAAAGUCAUUUUGAGUAUGAGCAUACAGAAAUGUGAAUUUAAUUGCUUGACAUAGAGUCCCCUCCAAAGGUAUUGGAACAGCAAUGCCAAGUCCUUCGUUUGUGAUGUAUACUGAAGACAUUUGUGUCUCAGAUUGAAAGAGGUUUUAGUUGAUGGCAUUUACAUGUAGAUGUGUUUAAAAAAAAGGACAGUGACUUUUGUUUAAAGCCACCCACUUUUCAAGUGAGCAAAGGAAUCGGAACAUGUGACUGCUGGGUGUUUCUAAUUGCUCAGGUAUUGCCAUUGUGAUGAAUUGCUUAAAGAUUACACGGUUGUUGUUUACGGCGUUGGGUUUCACCAUUGAGAACUGCAUUUCCUGUUAAGCAACUAUGAAUACGAGAGAGCUCUCUGGGAGAAAAGCAAACCAUUUUGAAGCUGAGAGAAGAGGGGGGACUGCUGUACCAAAACCUACACACAAAUGCAAGCCAUUCAUCAUCAAACAGAAUCAGAAGGCUAGAUUGGAUUUUGCAAAAAAGUACAGAGACGAGGCACCUGAGUUUUGAAACAAAGUUUUAUAGGCUAAAGAGACCAAGAAUAACUUCUACCAAAUUAAUGGAAAGGCCAAAGUAUGGAGAGGGGGAAAAAAGGAUCUACAGUAUUUAUGACCCAAAACGCAUAAGCUCACGCUUAGGCUUGCAUGGCUCCUUCUGGAAAGGGCUCACUAGUCUUUAUUGAUUAUGUACCUCAAGGGGGUUGCAGCAGAAUUAAUUUUGAAGUCUACAAAUCAUUUUGUCUGAUAUAGAUAUAGAAAAAUGCAUCCAAACUGAUUUUGAGAAACUUCAUCAUGCAACAAGAUAAUGACCCAAAACACCCGAAAUGAACAAGAACCGAGAGAGGCUGCAGUAUAGGCCGUGAGGGUGAAUGAAAUUGGUUUCAAAACAAAAGGUGCUCUGUCCUGAGUAGUUGGGUAACACACCUCAAUGUAAAUACCAUGAAACAAAGUCUGGACUUUUGAACUUUUGUCUUCGGGAAGGACUUGCCCUUGACGAUUCAAUACUGUACUUUUGAAGGAGAACAGUAUAUCAUAUUUAACCUAUGUCUGUGGAGGCCUGUUUGUCUUUCCUCUUGUCAGCCGAUCUCAAAGUCUUCAUCUGCGGAUGAAAGACAGUAACCUCAAACUAAAGCGAGUUAAGCUAUUUAACGUUUCUGAAUGCAUGACAUUCAAAUAUAUCCACCUCAUUUCAGACCUGAUGCUUGAAAAAAAAAAUUCUGUUGAAUUUUUUCAAAUUUAUGUACAGUUAAAGAAAAUGUAUAAGUGAGCAGUUCACUAUUGUUUUAUUCUUCACAACCUGUGGAAAUAUGUGACCCGAAAUGUUUCAGGGUAACAAAAAGUGCACAUCCCCUUAAAUCUUUUCCUUGUUAACGUUUGAACCCAAUGCUGAUGAAACCCCCUACCCCCACUCCCACUGCAUCCAAAUAAAAUCUCUCUCUUUGUACACCAAAAUGAUAAAACAAGAACUUUUUGAUGCAAAUGUAACAUAAAAAGGAAAUAAAGAAUUAGACAUUUUAGUGUGACACAUUA